CUCGGGGGUCGGCUUCCUCCGCACGCGCGCGUCCUUGCGCGGUCGCGGGUGGAGGCAGAGGAGCUGGAGCUCGAGGGGACGCAAGGCCACGCGCCUCCCGCCUCCGCGCAGGGUCUCGGGCGCUCCCGGCCGGGGACCCGCCCCGUCGCCCGCAGGUGGAGCGGCCGCGGGCGCCGAGCAGGUGCGUGGGGAUGAUCUCACCCGCGCGCACCGCGCCAGGAGGAGGAGGAGGAGGAGGAGCGGGAGCGAAUCCAACUUCCGGGUAGAGGCGCCGCACGCCAGAGGCGUCUUUGCCUUGUCUUCCCCUCCCCCGGGUCCCCUCCUCGCUCCCUCCUUUUCUUUUAUUCGCGGCCCCACCCGCCAAAAUGAACAGCUCGGCGGAGGAGAAGCAGUUGCAGCUCAUCACCAGCUUGAAGGAGCAAGCAAUAGGCGAAUAUGAAGACCUCAGGGCUGAGAACCAGAAGACGAAAGAAAAGUGUGACAAAAUUAGGCAAGAACGAGAUGAAGCUAUUAAAAAGCUGGAGGAAUUUCAGAAAAUUUCUCACAUGGUUAUAGAGGAAGUGAAUUUUAUGCAGAACCAUCUUGAAAUAGAGAAGACUUGCAGAGAAAGCGCCGAAGCCUUGGCAACCAAGCUAAAUAAAGAAAAUAAAACACUGAAGCGGAUCAGCAUGCUAUACAUGGCCAAGCUAGGGCCAGACGUAAUAACCGAGGAGCUCAACACCGAGGAUGAAGAUCUCUCCAGCGAUGCGGAGGCCGCCACGGAGACCUGCGUCUCGAUACAGUGUCAGAAGCAGAUCAAAGAACUUCGAGAUCAAAUUGUAUCUGUUCAGGAAGAAAAGAAGGGAUUAGCCAUUGAGCUGGAGAAUCUCAAAAGCAAACUUGUAGAAGUAAUAGAAGAAGUAAAUAAAGUUAAGCAAGAAAAGGCUGUUUUAAAUUCUGAAGUUCUCGAACAGAGGAAAGUCCUAGAGAAAUGCAACAGAGUGUCCGUGUUAGCAGUCGAAGAGUAUGAGGAGAUGCAGGCCAGCCUGGAGCUGGAGAAAGAUCUCCGGAAGAAAGCCGAGUCGUUUGCCCAGGAGAUGUUCAUUGAACAAAACAAGCUCAAGAGACAAAGCCAUCUCCUGCUACAGAGCUCCGUUCCUGACCAGCAGCUCUUGAAAGCUUUAGAUGAAAAUGCAAAACUCACCCAGCUUCUUGAAGAAGAGAGGAUUCAACAUCAGCAGAAGGUCAGAGAGUUAGAGGAGCGACUGGAAAGUGAGACGCUGCACAAGGAGGUCCACAGCCUCAAGCAGCAGUUGGAGCUGAUGGAAGAGGACAAGAAGGAGCUAGAACUGAAGUACCAGAGCUCUGAGGAGAAAGCCAGGAACCUGAAGCAUUCCGUGGAUGAACUCCAGAAGCGUGUGAACCAGUCUGAGAACUCAGUCCCUCCGCCCCCUCCACCUCCGCCUCCGCUGCCGCCGCCGCCUCCCAACCCCAUCAGAUCCCUCAUGUCCAUGAUCCGGAAACGAUCCCAUCCUAGUGGCAGCGGAGCCAAGAAAGAAAAGGCAACUCAGCCGGAAGCAGCUGAAGAAGUCACAGAUCUCAAGCGGCAAGCAGUUGAAGAGAUGAUGGAUAGAAUUAAAAAGGGGGUUCAUCUCAGGCCUGUUAAUCAGACCACCAGACCCAAGGCACAGCCGGACUCUUCAAAAGGCUCCGAAAGUGCAGUGAAUGAACUAAAAGGAAUACUGGGAGCACUUAACAAAUCUACUAGCUCAAGAAGCUUAAAAUCCCUUGAGCCCGAAAGCAGUGAAACUGAGUUAGAGAGGAUUUUGCGUCGCCGGAAAGUGACGGCAGAAGCAGAUAGCAGUAGUCCGAGCGGGAUAUUAGCCACCUCAGAGUCCAAAUCCAUGCCCGUGUUGGGUUCUGUAUCCAGUGUAUCAAAAACAGCCUUGAACAAGAAAACUCUGGAGGCAGAAUUCAACAGCCCGUCCCCCCAAACACCUGACACAGGUGAGGGGCCCCGUAAAUUGGAAGGAUGCGCAAGUUCCAAGGUUACGCUUGAGCCUCCCAGUAGCGUUGGAUACAGGAGAAAGUACAUUGGCGGUGAAAAUGACGCUGAAGCAGUUGUAGUUUUAGAUCCCGUUUCCUCACAUGAACCCCAUACCAAAGACCAGGUCGCUGAACAAGAGCCAACUCCAUGCAAGGAGGACGGAGGCGAAACAAAAGCAGAACACAAAGACGGCAGCACCGAAAAACUGAGGGAGACGGACAGCUCCAGCUGCUGACGCGUCUCCCAGAAGGCUGACACUUCGGAGGUCGUUUUCAUGAAGCACACGACUCGCUGUGGCGUGGGCCAGGGCUGCAGAUGCUGCUGCAGC